AUGGCAGUCGGUGUUGACAAGGCUGCUGCACUAUGUUGUUUUUUAACACCACAAUAUCAAAAUUCAAUGAAUUGUCAACGUGAACUGCAGUGUGCAGCAGAUAAACGUCUUAUAAUUAUACCAUGUCGACUGUCGCCGAAUUGGACGCCGUCCGAUUGGCUAAGCAUCAUUCUUGCUGGAAUUUUAUAUCUUGAUUUUACGGAUAUUAAUGACAGUAAUUUUGAUAUUAAAGCUAACGAGUUGUAUAAUGCAAUUCAAACUCGUAUCGGUUCACAAAUGAACUUAUCAGCUCUGAAUACAAAUGUCACUCCAACGACUACAGCCGAUCUGGAUACAAAUGAUAAAUUUGGUUUAGUACGUGGUAGUGUACGUCUGGCUAAUGAUGGUCGAAUGGCUAUUCAUGAAGGUACUAGUCUGAGUACGGCUGAAAUUCGAGGUCAAAGAUUAUAUAAUUCUGGUAUUCAUCGUAUUGAAAUGAAAAUUGAAGCAAUGACAAAGGAUAAUGUAUGGGUCUAUAUAGGUAUAAUUUCAUCUACGACACCAAUUGAAACGAUUUUAGCCUAUAAAUCAUCGUCAUCAUAUGGUUGGGUACUUGGAACUGAUCAAAUAUACGCAAAAGGACGUCAACAAGUUGAUUUUUCAAAUGUAGGACAUUUUUUUGGUUCUAAUGUCAAUGAUGACACACAAUGGUAUGAUAGUGGUAGUUUUAAAUGGUAUAAUUAUUGUUCAGCUGAUUAUCAGGGACCAUGGGUUACUGAUUCCUGUGGUCGUCGAUGGGGUUGGGAAAAUAAUUGUAGUUGUAUUGAUCGAUCCGUACCAAGUGGAAUGCCAGCAAAUGUAGCUACGAUUGAAUUGAUAAUAGAUUGUAAUAAUAAAAAAAUAAUACUAAUUAAUAAACGUACAUAUAAACAAGCAGAAUUGACAAUUGAUACAGCUUACUGUAUGUUUUCCUGGCAAUUAAGUGUCGCAUUAUGUGCUAAUGGUGAUCGAAUAUCAGUCAUAUAA